AUUUAUCUUGGCGGUUUGUGCCAAGACGGCAGAGCCAGAUGUGGGAGCCAGCCAGCCAGCAGCGGGAAUGCUCCGCAGUGGCUUGUGGGCGCAAAUUCCCGGCGAUGACUCAGAUGGCGAGGCCGAGGAGGAGAGGCCCAACACCAGCGAGGUCUUGGAGCGCGUGAAACAAGUGCUGGGUGAAAGGUGGACGGAAGUCCCUUUCAUGGAUCUGGCACCAGUUCAGCCGGGUGCCAAGUUUGCCUCCCUGGCGAAGCUGAUGUCGGACGGCCGCGGUUUUCCGCCUGGUUUUCGCAUCGACCGAAUUCACGCACCCUUGGUGCGGGAGACAUAUCUUCACAACGGCUUUCGCCCUACAAAGGGGGAGGAUUGGCUUAUCAGUUGGACAGGGCCUCGAAUGAGAGAGAACAUCCAUCGCAUGAUGCACGAGUUCCAAAAGGUGAACCACUUCCCGGCCUCGACGGAACUCACCAGGAAGGAUCGGAUGUGGGACAACUUCCAACGGAUGGCGCAGCAGAUGGGCAGCGGUCAAUUUGAUUUUGUGCCGGAAACCUUCGUGUUGCCACAACAACUCCGUAGCUUUAAACAUCGCUACCUGAAGACCAGGGGCGAGCAGCUGUGGAUUGUGAAACCAACGGCAUCAUCGCAGGGGCGAGGGAUUUUUAUCCUCCGUAACCUCGUGGAGCUGCCUCUCAAGGAGUCGGUGGUGGUCUCUCGCUAUGUGGAGAAACCGCUGCUGAUCCAAGGUUUAAAGUUCGACCUUCGGAUCUAUGUUUUAGUGACUUCUUUCCGACCGCUGCGCGCCUACGUCUACCGUGAAGGUCUCACGCGCUUUGCAUCCAAGGCUUAUAGCACUGAUGAGGAGCAUUUGGCCGAUGUGUAUCGCCAUUUGACCAACUAUUCCAUCAACAAAGGCGCCGAGAAUUUCCAGGAGAAUCAACGGGUCCAGGCGGAUAACUAUGGGCACAAAUGGAGUCUGUCGGCAUUGAAUCGACAUCUCCGGUGCAUUGGAAUCAAUGUGAAGGAGAUGUGGAGUCGUAUCAUGGAUAUCAUCGUCAAGACGCUGCUUGCAGUGGAGCCAGCCAUCAGUGCAGCGACGAAGGAGUCCUGCAUCCAUGAACAAAGCUGUUUUGAACUCUAUGGUUUCGAUGUCCUGGUAGAUGAACAUCUGAAACCCUGGCUGUUGGAGGUGAAUCUGAGCCCCAGCAUGCAGGCAGAAUCUCCCCUGGACAAACAGAUCAAAAGUUCUCUGCUGGCGGACGCCUUUAAUCUGCUGGGUGUGCGUCGCCUGGAUGCUCAAACUUUGACCUCGGCCAGACUGAGGGCGCGUUUCCUGUACAUGAGCAAAUUGCAAAGUGCCAUGCCCAAGCCCAAUAUCUCCAAGCACCUACUGGGCCAUCGUCAGGAUCCCCUGCGUAGCGAGAAGGAGGAGGAGUUACAAAAACAGGAGCUGCCUUCAGAUGAAGAUGGUCCACAGCCACCAGAAGGUCAACCGUCGUUGCUCCAGCGUCGUUUCUUCAGCCCAAAGAAGCAGGUUUGCCUGAAUUCCUUGAGUGAACAGCACCUGCGGCUGUUGGCACAUGCUUUGGAGGAGACCCAAAGAUGUUGCAAUUUCAUCCGCCUGUACCCGACGCCCUCCACGGUGAAACGCUAUCAGCCCAUCACCGAGAGUCGAAACACAGAGGACGAGUAUCGCAACCAGCUGCUGACCUCCCUCCUCUACGCGGAGCAGCUGCCCUUGUGCGAACGCCUGGAGCCGUUGGAGGAAAAGGAGGAGGAAAAGGAGGAAGAGCUGACCGAAGUGGCGCCUCCACCGCCUCCAGCAGUGGCGGAUAGCAAUAUGAAGAUGAUCGAGGAUGUGCUGGAAACGUUGAAGGUCUUGGGGAGCAAGAUGAGUUCCCAGCUACUCCUCAUGGAGUACCUGGUGCGGCUGCUGAACACCUGCGAGAAGUUGACCGACUCUGCACGGAAGAAGUUGGAGAGUCGGCAGCAGAGCGCCAUCGCAGGUUUGCUCUCGGUCUUCCGACAGCAAUUGGCCUUGUACUUGCGCGCCGAGGGUCGCCGCCGUGGGCGGAUGGAGAAGGGCGAGCAGAGUGUGGAACCGGAGGAGCCCAAGGGCAACAUUGUUGAUGAGGUGGAGGACAUGUCUCAGCAGGCCUUGGUGCAGAUUCUCUGCAACACCUGGGGCGCCAGCCGCGACCACGCGGCCAAGGGGGUGGACUCGCUGCGGGGCGAACUCUCCGUGGUGAGGUGUGCUCCUGAGCCCUUCGUUCAAAGUUCCAGUGGCUGCCGCGCCAUCGCAGCGUUGGGGGAGUUGACUGCCACGGACUUGGAGUCCAUCUUCCGCGCUCCGCAGUGUCCACCGGAAGUGAAAAGCAUCUUCCUGGUCCCCGAAUUGAGCGACGCGACCACGCCUAGCUUCUUGCGGCGCACGCAAGCGGGGCCACUGAGCGAGCUGGAGUUCUUGCAGCGCAUCACGGCCAUCCAACCACCUCCCCUGGCAGCCAAGAGCCCGGAGCAAGCACCUCCAGCGGUGCCCAGGCUGAUGGUCUCCCAAAGUUCCCCUCAGCUGAAACGUCGCCCUGGGCCUUUGGCGCCACUGGGGCAGCUGGGGCAAGGCCUAGGCCAGGGCCUGGCCUACAGCCGCAAGGGCCGGUUCGGCUUAGGGUCCUAUCCCACGGCCCUCGGCGUUGACAUCGAGCUCUGACGCGCUGGAACCCACUGGCGGAGAGGUCUCACUGAUAGAAUUCGGGGACGUUUUAAACGUCCUGGUGGUAUGGAAGUCAAACACAUCUGGU